UAAGUGGAAUGUAAUGUUUCUGUGUGUUAGAAUUCGACAAAAGCAAGUGUGCUACACAUGUGCAACGAAAGUUUAGGACCAAGUAUGGUAAAAGUCCACCAACCAGGAAGGCAGUUUACCACAGGCACAAGAAAUUCGUUGUUACAGGUUGCUUGUGUCUAGAAGAGAAAAGGAGACGUCUCGGUGUGAGUGAACAGGAUGCGGAACAUGUAAGAGAGGCAUUCACGAGGAGUCUGAAGAAAUAAGUGCGUCGAGCGUCCCGUGAACUCCAAAUGCUCCCAGUCACAGUGUGGAAAGUUCUGCGCAAGAAGCUGACUAUCAAGCUAUUCAAAUUGCAGCUACUGCAUAAGCUAAAUGACGACGGCAAAGACGAGCGCUUUGAGUUUUGUUGUCAGUUGCAACAAUUGGCAGAGAAUGACGAUGGAUUUGUGAAUCGCUUAAUUUUUAGCGACGAAGCGACAUUUCACAUUAAUGGGACAGUGAACAAGCAUAACUGUCGAAUCUGUGGUACCGCGAAAACGCAGGAAUUCAUUGAAUAUCAGCGCGAUUCUGCGCCUUGUCUCGUCGGAAACUCAACGGGCCCUUCUCCGAGGCCAAGUCACUCAUGGUUCCCACAUCGAAAAUUUAUGAGUUGAGUUGCGGCCCUCGGAGAUACGAGUACAAGAUUCAAGUCUAGUUCACGAGGUUCACGAGCCUGCCCAUGCACAGAUCGAAGCAAGAAUUACUGUGCAGCGCUACAGAGCGGAAAGAAGUUGGCGGCCCACCCCAACAAGAGCAGAUGACACGUCCCCCCAGUUUGCCAAUAUAUGGAGCUUAUUGGCUUCUGUUGUUAAACAACUGGACCUAUAUCCACAAGGCAAUAGAGAAAAUGAGAUGCAGGUAUCGCAGCAAUUUGUUAGGGUUCUAUCUUGGAGGUGUACCUACUGUUGUUGCUUGUGACUAUGAGACCAUCAAGGAAAUAGAAACAAGACCCGAGUUUCUGGGAAGAAUGGACACAAUUAUUGCAAGGGAACGUGGCCUUGGGAAGCUUCUGGGUGUAAUCCUGGCAGAUGGACCUCUGUGGGCACAUCAGAGACGUUACAUGUUAAGGCACAUGAGAGACUUUGGGUUUGGCACUCGCUCUGCCUCACUGGAGAACUUGGUGCAGCAGGAGAUUCAGGAUAUGGUCGAUAUUCUGAAUGGCAAGAAGCAGGAUAAGGGGAUCUAUAGAGAUGGCCUGGCUUUAUUGCCAGACCUGUUCUUUCACAUCCUGCUCAAUGCAAUUUGGUCCAUGUAUGCAGGAGAUCGUUUCUCAUACACAGACCAUGGACACGCACGCUUUAUUGCACAACAAGGCAUCAAAUUUGUGCGUGCUAAUGACCCUACAGGGAGAGCUCUUGCACUCACACCAUGGAUCAGACACAUCUUUCCACAGAAGUCAGGAUUCACUCAGAUCAGAAACACAAAUACUAAGUUGGUAGAAGUCAUAAAGAAAACAAUUGAUGAACAUAUCAGGACACAUUCAGAGGACCACAUGCGGGACUUCAUUGAUAUCUACAUCAAGGAAAUGAAGACAAAUGAGAACAAUCCUAAUGGAUCACCAUUCUCCGAGGAGCAGCUUAUAUUCCUGGGUUGGGAUUUACUGGUUUCGACAGCAACCACACUGACUACAACCCUCUCCAUGUACAUCAUGUACAUGAUGCAUCACCCAGAAGUGCAGUCCAACAUACAGAAUGAGAUCGACACAGUGGUGGGCCACAACAGAUUGCCAACACUCAAUGAUCGAUCAAAGAUGCCAUAUAUGGAAGCUUCUCUGCGUGAGUUGAUGAGGAUUUCCUCAAUUUUUUCUCUUGGCAUUGCCCAUAGAGCAACAGAGGACACACAUCUCCGUGGAUAUUUUAUACCAAAGAACACAAUGCUACUGACUGGACUGCAUAGCUAUCACAAUGAUCCUGAAGUGUGGGGAGAUCCUCACAUAUACCGACCAGAGAGGUUUCUCGAUGAAAAGGGACAGCUUCUCAAGAAGGAUCUCACCCUGCCAUUUGGAGCAGGGAAGAGACUGUGUGCUGGAGAGACCUUUGGACGUCAGAACAUGUGGUUGAUACUGACAGGACUGUUGCAAAACUUCACAUUAGCUGUGCCCAAAGGGCAAAAACCACCUGACCUACAUACAGUUAAUGGGUUUCAUCAGACAUCACCAGAAGUGUGGUUCCAGCCAUUGCCUAGAACUUGAUCCACAGCAGUAACCUAACACUGGUCUCAGACUAUUAAUGCAUCCUUUAUCAGUGAUGUUAAUCAUAAUGUAUUAAAACCUUUGUUAAAAUUUUGCGUGUGGCAAAUACAAGAAAAAUAUGCAGUAACUUACUGUGAAACUCAUGCAUAAGGCCAGUUUGGAGAUAAAUAUGUAGAUAGACAAUAUAAUUAAAAUUAUCCUGUGAAAAGAAGAUGUGUGUAUGUUUCACAGGUGCUUAGCUGGAUCUGGGCUCAGUACUGGGCUUCAGGUUCUGCAGCAGCAGGGAAUUGCUUGAACAGAUGAAUGCUUAUGGGAAGUCAUUUUGAAUUGCAGGGGAUAAAUGUGAGAAAAUUAAUAUGGUGAAAUGAGAAAUCAGCAUUGAAUCUAAUCUGCUUGCUGAUUGUGCUCUUUUCAAUUAUGUAUAAAGAGAAUUUCAUAACAUAAAUUCCUUACCAACA